GUCGACCCAAGGUCCCAAGCAUUAGUGCAUUACUGGAACAAGACGGAGAGAAAAACAAAAAGGACAAUCGACAACAUCGCCGGAUCGCCUCCUAUGCGCCAAACGCCUAAACCCUACUAUAAGUGCUAACCCACCGUUCCUUCCUCGUCCUCUCUCCCUGUAGCCGGAAGGAGUGAAGUUCUUCACUGAAGCAGCGAACUAAGCGAAGGUUUUGCCAGUGAACGCCUACGACGUUCGUCACAGCCUCAGUGUAGAUCUCCUAAGUCAGCAAACAUUCUUCUCUUUUGAUUCUUCCAAAUUCCAACUGGAUGUGUCAAAUUCUCGACGUCGAUCUUUAACCUAUCUCCCAAAAUUUGGCUUCUUACUCAAUCCUUUGGAUUCAGGUGUUGGAGCCUGAGUCUCUCUUACAAUCACAAUCCUUUCAACUCAUUCUUCAUCAAAGAAAUCAGGGAUUCUUGUAAUUCCUGAAAUUCCCCACUGAGUUCACUUUGUUCUGCCAGGCGCCAACUAAACAAAACCCUCUCGAAUUUUCAUUGUUUGUUUUUUAAAUUUCUGAAUUUUCCCAUUUCCCCAAUUUUUAAUUCUGUCAGCGGUUUGACCGGACACAACCGGAACCGGACCCUUUUCACUCUCGUUCUCCGAGUGACCAGAGCUCCUUCUCUCUGCAUCCUGUAAUCCCUUGACGUCCCCUAUUUUUGGGUUAUGGCGUCGAUGAUAUUUUCAGAUUGUUCUUCGUCAACGACUGCUCAUCUUCUUCCAUUGGACAGAAUGCGCACUUCCGUUUUUGGGUUUCGUCAAUCGGUUUCUCUCCAUUCCCGUGUGAAGAAAUUUAGCCUGAGCUUCGGCACACAGCGUAAACAUUUAUCAUCGACUGUGACUGUGGCAAUGGCUACUGUAACCAAUGCAAAUGUAAUCGAUGGAAAAUCAAUUGCAAAGCAAGUUAGAGAUGAAAUCACCAGUGAGAUAUCCAGGAUGAAAAGUGCAAUCAAUGUUGUUCCUGGGCUAGCUGUCAUUCUAGUUGGUGAUAGGAAGGACUCAUCAACCUAUGUGCGAAACAAGAAAAAGGCUUGUGAAGCAGUGGGAAUCAACUCUUAUGAGGUUCAUUUGCCUGAGGACUCCACUGAAUCAGAAGUGCUCAAGUCUAUCUUGAACUUCAAUGAUGAUCCAUCUGUUCAUGGCAUUCUUGUUCAGCUACCCCUACCUUCUCAUAUGAAUGAGGAAAAUGUAUUGAAUGCUGUCAGUAUUGAGAAAGAUGUGGAUGGCUUCCAUCCAUUAAACAUUGGCCGUCUUGCCAUGCGAGGUCGGGAGCCAUUGUUUGUUCCAUGCACUCCCAAAGGAUGCAUAGAGUUGCUGCAUAGAUACGGGGUUGAAAUCAAGGGAAAGAGAGCUGUUGUGAUUGGUCGUAGCAACAUUGUUGGGAUGCCAGCUGCCUUGUUGCUUCAGAGGGAAGAUGCUACCGUUAGUAUUGUGCACUCUAGAACCAAAAACCCAGAUGAAAUCACAAGACAAGCGGACAUUAUUAUCUCUGCUGUAGGGCAACCAAACAUGGUGAGAGGAAGUUGGAUAAAACCUGGUGCUGUCAUUAUUGAUGUUGGAAUUAAUCCAGUUGAGGAUACAAAAAAUCCCCGCGGUUACCGCUUGGUUGGUGAUGUCUGUUAUGAGGACGCAUGUAAGAUAGCUGCAGCUGUCACUCCUGUUCCUGGUGGAGUUGGUCCGAUGACUAUAGCUAUGCUUCUAUCAAAUACUCUCAUUUCAGCAAAGAGAGCACACAACUUUAAGUGAAUAUUUUGUGGUUUCAGCAGUUUGGUAAAGGAAAUGAGUUCUCAAAAUUAGCAAUUUUUGCCUUCUUGCUAUAUUUUGUGCCAAUUAGAGCCUGAUUUUUCUUGGUUGCUGAUCUCAAGACUAUAGUUGUAAUACUCACCUAAAUUAGAUAGUAUAAGGGAAAAAUAAAAGGAUGUUUUUGUA